AUGGAAGAUACUGGAGUGAAGAAGAGCGGUGGAUCAUGUGGGGGGAGAGACUGCAGCGGAGGGUGUCAGUGUUUUCCUGAAAAGGGUGCGAGGGGAUUGCCUGGACCCCUUGGUCCCCAGGGGCCCACAGGCCCUAACGGUCGACCGGGAGACCCUGGUCUCCAGGGUCCUAAAGGAGAGAAAGGAGACCAUGGUAGAGGAGGCAUUAUGGGUCCAAAAGGAAGUGUGGGAGUGGAGGGUGUUCCAGGGUUUAAUGGAGCAGAUGGAGUUCCGGGCCAUCCUGGGCCGUCUGGGCCUCGUGGAAAACCAGGAGCUGAUGGUUGUAACGGAACCCGGGGAGAAUCAGGAACACCAGGCCUUCCAGGAUUCGAUGGUGGACCUGGAAUAUCAGGCCGGCCAGGAAUGAAGGGAGAGAAGGGUGACCCUUUGGAUCUGUGGGUCUAUAUGGAAAGAUUCAGGGGAGAUCCAGGACCACCAGGUUUUCCAGGAUUUGCUGGACCAACUGGUAACCCAGGGUACAGAGGAACGCCAGGAUUACAAGGUCCUUGGGUGAGUUAG